AGAGCAUCGAGCAGUUUUCGGUCACGCUCGCAUGGCUUGGUUUUUGACCCAUCUCGUCGCAUUGUUCCUCCUCUUCUCCUCACACCUCGUGACCCCCUCAUCGGCGGCGACAACUCGGCUCGGGGCCGAUCUCCUGGGCGCGGCGCGUGCGCCUCCGUUCGAGUCAUGGCUGCGCGGCCUGCGUCGGCGCAUCCACCAGCGCCCGGAGCUGGCCUUCCAAGAGCACCGCACAAGCGAGCUCGUGCGCGCCGAGCUCGACGCGCUCGGCAUCCCAUAUGUCUGGCCCGUCGCCCACACCGGCGUCGUGGCGACCAUCUCCGGAGGCGGCGGAGGCCCCGGGCCAGUCGUCGCGCUCCGGGCCGACAUGGACGCGCUCCCCCUGCAGGAAUUGGUAGAAUGGGAGUACAAGAGCCUGGAGAAUGGCAAGAUGCAUGCUUGUGGACAUGAUGCCCAUGUGACCAUGCUUCUAGGAGCUGCCAAGCUACUUGAAUCCCGGAAAGAAAAUUUAAAGGGUACUAUCAAGCUUGUGUUCCAGCCUGCUGAAGAGGGCUACGCAGGGGCUUACUACAUGUUAGAGGAGGGCGUCCUCGACGAUGUCUCCGCCAUUUUCGGCUUGCAUGUCUUCCCACAUUUUCCGGUAGGGGUAGUCGCAUCCCGGCCUGGUCCGUUCCUUGCAGCUGCAGCUCGGUUCACCGCAACGAUCACCGGAAAAGGCGGGCACGCCGGUAAUCCUCACGACGCUGUUGACCCUGUCAUUGCUGCAUCCUCUGCCAUUCUCAGCCUUCAGCAACUGGUCGCCCGCGAAACCGAUCCACUCGAGGCAGCUGUGGUGUCUGUUACACAGCUAAGAGGAGGUGAUGCUUACAAUGUAAUUCCCGAAUCUGCGUCGUUUGGUGGCACCUUUCGGAGCAUGACGGAUGAAGGCCUGUCAUAUCUACUGAAAAGGGUCAAAGAGGUCAUAGAAGCCCAGGCCGUCGUGCAUCGCUGUGUCGCCAUUGUCGACUUCAUGGAGGAGAAGCUAAAGCAUUACCCAGCCACCGUCAACGAUGAGGGGAUGUAUGCCCAUUCCAAGGAAGUGGCCGAGGCCAUGCUCGGGGAAGCUAAUGUGAAGGUGGCUCCCCAGAGCAUGGGCGGCGAGGACUUCGCGUUCUACGCGCAGAGAGCGGCGGGCGCAUUCUUCUUCAUCGGCGUAGGCAACGAGACCAACAUGGACAGGGUUCGUCCGGUGCACUCCCCGCAUUUCGUCCUGGAUGAGGAUGUUCUUCCUAUUGGAGCUGCGUUUCACGCUGCGGUUGCCAUUGAGUACCUGAACCGCUCAUGACUGAAGGUGCCUUCUUGGAUUAAGGAGUUGAUGAAAUCCUCUGAUGUGUGAUCCAUAUACAUGCCCAUUAAAAUGAAAGAUUGACAAACAUUACCAUAUAGGGUUAGACAUUAAGAAUCAAGUUCAUUUGCUUGUUCAGACCCUAUAUAUGCAUGUAUAGUGUGUGAUGUGAGAUUUAUUCAUAUAUAGCAUGCAUGAUAAUUAAGACAGUCCAGUAAUUGAAGUGUUGACGUUUGUGAUUU